UAUUAUGUCAACCCAUAAGGGUAGCUGAAUAGAAAGGUUUGGGGUGAGGGCACGUUCUUUUUGUCUGCUCAAAGACUGAUUCCCCACUUCGAAGUGCGUUAGAGUGUGCAGUCUGACUCAACACUCCACUGUACGUUAUUGCGCCCCUCCCAACCUUGUUUCAAGUUGGACACCAAAUUGUGGAAAAAUACAACAUUAUUUCCUGCUCUGUGAGUUGUUUGAGGGAGAUUUUAUUGCAGUACGGAGGAAAAGUAGAAGUGACUCCAUAGUAUACGACUCAACGGCGCCGAGGGAUAUUUGGAUUGAAUAGAAGCAGUCCGCCAUUACAAUGUGUUGUUCUUGUGGUUCUACAAGAUGUCGGUUCCGAUGUCUCAAAUGCAGCGGUGCUCUCCUGAUUACCAUUGGCAUGUUUUACGCCGCUGCGGGCGUUGUUUUCAACUUCUUUGACUUCCUUGUUAUCUUUACAACUGGUCAUGCCCUUAUAUGGGGUGGGGCAGCGAUUUUUAUGGCUGGUGUAGCAUCAAUUUUUAUUGCAAAGAAAAUGAGCGACGAUGAUUGGAGUUCAAGAGGGACCGCUUUUAUGUGCAUCCUAGCAAUCGCCUCAGCCCUUGGCAACGUCGCUAUCCACACAUACAACCUUUACAACAGUCAAUACUUUCAAGAAUAUCAACCAGCAACGUUUCAGAACCAAUCCUUCAAUCUUACCUUUGAACUUUGGGUUGGGGUCAUCGCAGCGGAUGCUGGUAUUGACCUCUUAGCUUUGUUAGCAACGAUGUCAGGGUUGGCUGCGUUUGGUAUUGGGUGUUGCUGUGCGGAAUAUUCAGAGAUCAUUGAUGACGUCGGAAAAGGGCGAAUAUAAGGCGCCCUCAACGGUGGGAUUCAUCAUAAGCUGGAAUAUUAACUGACGAUGGGGGCGCUACAACCCAACAGUCUAAGGUUCGCCUGAUCUCCACCGAUACGUCCUUGGCCCAACUUUAUAAAGCUGUUAUGCAGAAAAAAGUACUUGACAAAUUCCUUUGCCAAGGAAACAUUAAGUGGGACACCAACAGUGUACACUUAAUGUAAUUUGGGCUGGUAAAUUCCUGCUAAGCAACACUUUUCUGUGCUUAGUAAGUCUUUGAAAGUGGGCUUUGUACUGUUAGCUUCUUUGGAUCAUUUGAUUCUUGUAUAAACAAACACUCAGCUGGAAUUUAAACACUUUUGGAAACUAUAUUUAAAACAACAGUCGUACUAAAAUUGAUUACAAAUUCGGUGCCUAUUUGAUUAUUGUUUGUUGUUUAUUCAGUGUUUUCGUUUUUUUGUACAGGUUUAUAAUUAUUCGUGUUGUAACAUUAUGGUCAUUCUCAGCGUUUAGGGUCAAAUUUUUACUAAAUUUUAACGUAUUUCAAGAAAACUUACCUCGUGGAAAAUUAACCGUCAAAAAAUUGUCUAAAGAUAGCUGACCAAUGAGGAGCUUCUUAGGUGACGUCAUUAAUAAGUCAAGACAGCAACAUGUUUCUUAGUGAUACGGGUUACUGAAUGAUAGAUUGGUCUACAAUGUAUAUUGUUUAACCUGUUUGAAAAUUCCUUUGGGAUAUAAAAAUGGGCGUGGCACUUUAUGUGAGUCGCAAAAAAAACGUUCUGUCUGCUGCCACCAUCGUCCAAAAAUAUCACCUUAAUAAUUUCUUCCUAAUUGGUCACAUGCGAAGGUUGUAGAGAAUUAACGUAUUUUCAAUAUAUUAUUUUUGUACUUGUUUAUAUUAACUUCUUUAUGUGAUUAUUUUGUAUUUCGUAAACUCAAUUUUAUUUUAUAUCUUCCUCAUUGAUUGGACUUUGAUUGGACGGGAAAUAAAUUUAAAAUUAAUAAAAAAAGGCACGCAGGCACUUUCUUUGUUUUAGGUUUUCAAAUCGUGCCAUUGAAAAUUUGAAAUUAGAACGCCGAGAUAAUUAUGUCAAGUCACUUUCAUCUUGUGUUUAACAAAGAGUUCAUGCAUCUGUGUUAAUUCGUGGGUAGAAAAUGUGAAGUGAGGAAAACCAGUAACUGCGCUUAACUUAGUCCUAUCUCUUAGCAUUGCCCUAGUCCCAAGUUAGGAAGAGUGUUGUGAAAUCGACAGAGGACAACCAGUAACUGCGCUUAACUACUGUCCUAUCUCUUAGCAUUGCCCUAGUCCCAAGUUAGGAAGAGUGUUGUGAAAUCGACUGAGGACAACCAGUAACUGCGCUUAACUACUGUCCUAUCUCUUAGCAUUGCCCUAGUCCCAAGUUAGGAAGAGUGUUGUGAAAUCGACUGAGGACAACCAGUAACUGCGCUUAACUACUGUCCUAUCUCUUAGCAUUGCCCUAGUCCCAAGUUAGGAAGAGUGUUGUGAAAUCGACCCCUCGUUGCCUGUACUUCGUGUAACAUGGCUUUAACAAAGUGUCUCUAAAAAUAUUGUCAAAAUCAAAUUAUUCGUGCUCGGACUUGGGUUAUUUUUCCCUGUUUACUUGAAUGUACUUAAUUUUCUGACAAUGUUUUCUAAUUAUAAAUCAACUUAUCGUUCACCAUUUUGUAAUUAAUUUGUAACGAAAACAGUUCAGUAAUUUGUAUGGUGACUUCCAACUUUAAACAGAAAAGUUCAUACAAAUAGAUUUAAUUACAACUCAUUAAAUACACUGGUGCAUUGAAUUUUCUGUGACGUCAUGAUUGUGGGCGGCUGUACAUGAACUCAUAUCACUCAAUGGCACGAAUGUACAUCAACGGACCUGAUUUAAUCAUGACGUCACAACCAUAGCUUCGGGUGUUUGGCAAUUUUGAGUAAUCCGAGACGGUUUGUUAAUAAUCGUAUAAUAAAUCUGGAAAGUGAUACUGCACAGUAACAACUUAAAUCUAUCUUAAGAUCUAUUGCACUAUGUCCGCCAUCUUUGAUGACAAACACUUAAAACAAGCACGCGCCGCGUAUUUUGAUGUUUUUUUAAAUUUAAAUUAAACACAAUGGGGAUGAGUGCGCUACUUCCAUUUCUUGGCACUGAUGACAUAGAACGGUUGUUUAAAUACUUUUUAAUUGUAAUAUUUCACAUUGACCAUUAAUUUGUUGUUUAAAGUACUUUUAAAAUAUAAUUACUAAAUUUAUGACAUACUAAUAAAAUGACAUACAAUUCA